CGAACCCCCCCUCCCAUGGCCCGGCUCACCCACGGCCUCGAGCGGGAGUGCAGGAAGGCCGGCCGGCGGCUGGGAGGGCCGCCUUGGACCCGGGGCCAAGCGGCGCGCCCGGAGCCACGCAUCCCGCAGGGGUGCCCCGACCUGCAGAGUGAGGACGCCCUGUCGGCUAGCACCUUUGACUCCGGUUCUGAGGCGGUGAGUGGGCUGGGGGCCGCCCAGGCCCACGCCUACAGCCCGCAGAGAGUACAGGGGAGUGCCCGCAGACCUCUGCCCACUUCACUGCAGUCGCCCUACUACUCCAGACCCAGGAAGGUGGCCUCCUGGCGCUCCCUGAGGUCCGCAGCCAGUGUGCCUGUGGCCAGCCGCAUGUCCCCGACCCCCCAGAAGCUGUGGCUGGCCCCCUCCAAGCAAGCCGGAGCGCCCCCCAGCCACGUCCACCCCGCAGGUCAUGUGCCUGGGACACCCGCAUACAGGGAGAAGGAGGCCAUGUACGAGGAGAUCCUGGAGCUGAAGAAGUCGCUGCAUGUGCAGAAGGGGGACAUGGACGUGCUCAGGGCCCGGCUGCAGCGCCUGCAGGAGGAGAACAGCCGGAAGGACCGGCAGAUGAGGCAGUUGCUGGAGCCUUCGCACGGCCCCGAGUUCGUUCGGACUCUGGUGGAGAAAUGGCCAGAUGCCGGCUGGGUCAUUAACGGUCUCAAGCAGCGGAUCCUCAAGCUGGAGCAGCAGUGCAAAGACAAAGAUAGCAUCAUCACCAAGCUGCAGUCAGACCUGAAGACCACCAGUCUGGAGGAGAUGCACGUGGCCAUGGAAGCCUGCUAUGAGGAGAUCCGCCGUCUCCAGACCCUGCUGGCAGCUUCUGAGACGACAAGCAGGAAGCCCCCCCUAGACAAGAGGAGUGGGCUACGGCGGCAGAAGGUGAGCAGCGCCCUGCUGAGCCUGUCCCGAGACGUGCAGGAGCUCACCGAGGAGAACCAGAGCCUCAAGGAGGACCUGGACCGGCUGCUGAGCAGCGACCCCUCCAACAAGAGGGGGACCUGCCCCGCCACGCCCACCGGGGACACUGCGGGGGACAAGAAAAGCCACGGCUACGUGGAGUGGAGCAAGCCCCGCCUGCUGCGCCGCAUCACGGAGCUGGAGAAGAGAAUCUGUUUCCUGGAGGCCCCCAAGCUCCACUCGGCCAACCACCCUGCACACCGCCAGCCCCGCCAGGCCCAGGACGACACUGAGCGCCUGCGGGUGGCUGUGAGGACCCUGAGAGGGGAACGCAGCACCCUGCAGACUAAGCUGCUAGAGCGAGACCUGGAGGUGAGGCAGCUUCUCAAGGCCAAGGCAGACCUGCAGAAGGAGCUGCAGCUGGCAGUCAGCGGAGAGCAGGCUCUGCGGGAGAUGGAGGCAGCGCUGCGAGAAGAGAUCCAGGUGCUCACCGGAGAGCUGAGAGAGCACAAGGAAGCUGCCAGGGCAGAGAAGGCCAGGUCUACGGAGGUGAAGCCUGAGCCUCCCCCACCCCCCUGCAGCCCUUCUCCACCCAGCUUGGACCCUGACCCUGACUCCAGCAGGGAGGGCUGCUCCCAGCCGGCUUCUUCCAACUCAGAGGACAGGAGAGCCAUGGCCGCCAGGAUCCUGCAGGCUGCCUGGAGGGGGCACAGCCACCGGAAGCAUGCAGCUCUCCUGGAUGAGGCGGCUGUGGUGCUGCAGGCAGCUGUCCGGGGACACCUGGCUCGGGCCAGACUGCUGUCACACAAUGCAGGUGGCUCCAGGUCACCCAGCUCUCCAGCCCAGAGCUCCCCGCCGUCCCGUGCACCCAGCCCCCAGGCCCGAGCCCAGGAUGCCCUGGGACUGGAGGAGGCUAUCACCUGCGUCCAGUCUGCGCUGCGGGCACACCUGACUCGGACUGGACUCAGUUUCCCUGGAACAGGACCCACUGCCAGGAGCUCCCCGGCACCAGCCACACACCCCGGUCACUGCUCCCCGCCCCACCUCGAGGCUGUGUCUGCACCGUCCUCGCCCAGGGCACCAUCCCCCGGGGACGACAGCCACUCAGACGACUCAGAUGAGGUUGUCAUCGCCCCAGCCCCACGGAGCAGCGCGCCCCCACCUGAGCCCCCAGCCCCAGCCCUGAGCCUGUGGGUGCCAGGGCUCCCUGGCAGCGGCCACAGCUGAGGUAGUUGCUGCCUCAGCAAGGAACAGGCCUACCUGCCACACUCGCCUCUGAGUCCUCCACCCGCCGCUCAGCCCUGCCCCUGCACCUCACACCCCUGCUGCCCUGACCCAGAGGAGAUAGCCACUGGGGGGUCCCGCCCCAGGACGGGCAUCCCCACACUGCCCAGAGGGCUGUGUCCGCACUCUGCUGCCCCUCCAACACCACCUUCCUAAGAGCCCUCACCCCUGCUGGGGGCACCUUCCCAAAAGGGUAACAGUACAGACACAGGCCUCUCCAUGACUGCCCUCCCCGAGGAGAGUGGAGUUCCAGGUGCCAGCCCCCGGCCGCCCAGCUCCAAGGACCAUCCAGCAGUGAUGGGCCUUCAGGCAUGGGGCAGCCCAUCCCAGGCCAUCCCGUCCACAGUGGGCACUCAGGAGCCUGAUGCACCAGGCAGCAGACACCCAGGACGACUGUCUAUCCAUCCAGGACCCAGGGGGAGCAGGCGGAGGCUGGACUGAGCAGCCUGGGAGACAGGGAGGGGGACAGCUGCCCAGUAGGGCAGCGGGCAGGCCAGGAGGCGGGCCAGGGGCAGCUCUGGUGAAGCAGCUGUGCUCCCUCAACAUGUUCAUGUUUGGGGGGAGUCUGCGUACCAGGGGAGCGGCCAGGCUCAGACCUCAGCCCAAGUGUCUAGUGGGGCUGCAGAGCCCAUUCCUGCCCCCCUGGGCCUUGGGGUGCAGAAAGGAACAGAGUGAGGGGGAAGCAGGGAGGGGCCACCCCUGUGCUCUGCCAUCUCUGAAUAAAGCUGGUCUGUCCCCACAA